AUGUCAGGGUUGGUCCUCGCGCUGGUGGCGCUUUGUGCAGGAGUUGUGACUGCAAGCGCCAGCCUAAAAACCUUUGCCGGUAUUUGGCCUCAGCCUCGGAGUCAGCGUCCUGUGGCGACGUUCUACGUCGGGCAGCAUACAGGUUCUCUCACAACGCGGCACGCAGCGACUACCGCCUACAAGGCAGCCGUGAAGCCGCCGUCUCUGGCGCGUGGACGGCAUCAAGGGAGUCGGCAGUACGGACGCACACCCGCCCUAACGUGCGCGUCACGUUUUUACAUGGUCUCCAUAUUUCCCCUGCUGGUCCUCCUCGUUGCCUUGUUUUUGCCAGGGUCAGUCCCCGACCUCUGUUUUUGCCAGGGUCAGUCCCCGACUCCUAGUUCCCCCGGUCCCAAGAUUGUGCUGCAAGUAGACAAUCAGGAUGCUCAGUUGGGCCCUGCGAUGGACGAGUCGUACCAGAUCCAGGUCCCGGGCAGGGGCUCCCGGGGCACUCGGGGCGAGGUGCUCAUUCAGGCAGCAACGCAGGUGGGUGCCGUACAUGCCUUGGAGACCCUGGCGCAGCUGGUGGUGUCGUACGACCACGUGAAGCAGCAGCAGCCGCAGCAGCAGCUGGAGGGGCCGGGGCCGUUGUGGCUGCUAGCUGGCAACAUCAGCGACUGGCCUCGUUUCACACACCGCGGCCUGCUUGUGGACACCGCGCGCCACUUCCUGCCGCUCUCCGUCCUGCACACCACUCUGGACGCCAUGGCCGCCAACAAGCUCAACGUGCUGCACUGGCACGCCACAGACGACCAGUCCUUCCCUAUGGAGGCGCUGGUGGCUUCGGAGGGCGGCGCCGUUUCGGACCUGGCGACCCGCGGGUCGUUUGGGGAUCGGAUGUUGUACUCCAGGGAGGAAGUGGCGGGGAGGCCUCGUACGCGGCGGUGGGUGCCGUACUGGGUGCUGCUGCGGCGCUGCUCCCCGAUCCGCUCCUUCACGCGGGGGGAGAUGAAGUUGACCUGGACUGCUGGCGGAGCGACCCUGCUGUACGGCAGUGGUUGGAGUCACACGGGCUUAGCAGGACGCAGCUACUCGGCCCUCAUCCGCACCUGCUGCCGCUCCCUAACCUCCCCUACUGCCGCUCACUCGCUCGUGGUUCGUCUUUUCCCCACCUGCCGUACUGCCGUACUCCCCUUGCUGGCUGCAGCGUAUUACAUGAGCCGAGUCCUGCGGGGUAUUGUCAACGGCGGUAGCGAUAGUGGUGGUGGCAGCCGCGGCCCCCCGCGUACGCCGGUGGUGUGGCAGGAGGCCUUCGACGUCGCCGGAGGCACUGGGUUGCCCCCAGGUACCAUUGUGCAGGUCUGGCAAUCCGAUGUCGGACCCGUGGGUCGGACAAAGAUUACCGCCGCCACUGGCCUUGUCGGGGGAGCGUCUCAUGGAGCAGGAGCAGCAGCGCGGGCAGCAUCUGGCGGCGAGGGUGUGGAUUUGGCCUCCUUUGAUCAUAAUCAUGGACACAUGGAUUUGGACGAUUCGGAUCCAAAUCCAUAUCUUGAUCCGUACGGUGAUUUGGGUUUGGAGGACGAGGAAGAGCUGAUGGAGCUGCUGGAGGCGGGGGAGAUUGCACAGGAGGUGGCGGCGGGCAGGCAGUUGCUGUUUAUGGAGGGGCUGCUGGGUCUCUUGAGGCGCAAGGAGGAGCCGGCGGUGGUGGCAGGAGGGGUGGGAGCCGUUCGGGGAGGCGGUGGCGGCGGCGGCGGCGGCGGCGGCUUCGAUGGUGGUGCUGAGGAGGCCGGCGGCCCACGGAAGCGGAAGAAGAUGAAAAAGAUGAAGAAGAUGAAAAAGAUGAAGAAGAUGAAGAAACGGGCGCCAGGAGGCGGAGGCAGAGGCGGAGGCGGCUUAGGUGGAGGAGUCGGCUUACGUGGCGGCGGCGGCGCCCACCACGCCGUCGGCGCCGGCUACGACGAUGCCGAUAACGACCUGUACCGCCGGCUCCGACUUGGCCGUCGGCUGAGGUACUACCAGGGCAAGCACGAGGAUGACGGUGUCGAGUACUUGCAGCCCUACCUGCAUCCCGUUGUCCGGGGAAUCGGCCGGGGAACCCCAUCUUCGUCAUCAUCAUCAUCAUCAUCAUCAUCGCCUUCCGCCACCGCGGCAGCACAACAGCAGCAGCAGCAGCAGCAGCACCACCACCACCACCACCACCAAGAUCCGGAUCCGGAGCUCCGUUCCGAGUUGCAGAGGCUGCGUGAGGCAGUUGCGGCGGCGGAUGGGGCUCCUGGCGGCGGCAGUAGCGGCAGUAGCGCCAGCAGGCGGACCCAGGCAGAGGAGCUGGCGGCGGUGACGGCCGCGGGCUUCCAGGCUAUCCUCUCCUCCGGAUGGUACUUGGACUGGAUUAGCUGGGGUGAGGACUGGCGGCGGUUCUACUCGCAGGAGCCCCUGGGGUUCGAGGGCAGUGAGGAGCAGAAGGCGCGAGUGCUGGGGGGCGAAGCGUGCAUGUGGGGGGAGUAUGUCGACGCGACUAACCUAAUUUCCAGGACGUGGCCUCGCGCAAGUGCGGUGGCUGAGCGGUUGUGGUCGGAUGCAGCGGUGCGGGACGAGGAGGAGGCGGGGCAGCGGCUGCGAGUACAUCGUUGCAGGAUGGCGCUAAUACUCAGCGCAAGCAAGACUGGUCUCAUGGCGGGAGCGUGCUUCUUCGUUGCCUUCGGGAGCGGGGCUGCUCACGCGGCGAAACGGGCUCCUCCCCAUGCGCCUGAAAUAGCGACGGUCGCAGAGGUGGAGCAGCAGGCACCCGCCAACAUCUCAACGGGAAGUGGCAGCGCACAGAUCGCCGUGGACUGGCAGCGGCUGGCGAAGGACGUCCAGGCUUCACCGUACACAAUCCCGGUGGUAGCCGUGGUGUUCCUUGUCGCGGGCGUGAGCCUCCUGAGAGGUGGCAGUAAGAAGGAAGAAGCUGCACCGUCAACGGCGACUAGCAGCUCUGGCAGCGCAAGCGCUGUGGUUUCAUCCACAACGCCACCGACAGAGGAGGCGCCACAACCGCCGUCACCAGUUUUGGCAGCGACUCCCGAGCCGGUUCCGGAGCUGACUCCUGAAGUGGCUGCAGAGCCUGUACCGGAGCCGGAGCCGCCGGCUCCCGCAGCUCCCGCUCCGGCUUCACCGGUUGUGGUGACGGCACGGCCCAUGAUGGUGUUGGCAAAUCCCAAUAUGGCGCCCCAACCGGUAAGGCCGCCAUCACAGCCGUCCACAGCCAUCACAGCAGCAGCAGCGCCGGCGGAUCCACAGCCCUCCCCUGCGGUGGUUUCCAGCCCCCCGGCCCCUGCACCGCCAACUGUUUCUCCAAUUGCUGCGGCUCCGGAACCAGCCCCUGUGCCGGCGGCGGAAGCCUCGGCCCCUCCAUCCGACGCUGCUCCAGUGGAUACCCAACCCCCCAAGCCUGAGCCGGUGAAACCGACUGCUUCCGAGGUUGUGGUGGCCGAAUCUGUACCAGCAGCCGAACCUGCACCCGCGGAGCCUGCUCCGGAACCCGUCGUUGACAGCCGGCCCUCAGCUAAGGAGUGGAUUGCGCAGUGGCGUGUUUCUCAGCCCCCGAAGCCGGAGCCAGUCGCUGCCGUGCCCGCCUCUGCAGCAGCGGUGGUGCUGCCUGAGCUGCCUGCUUCAGAGCCGGUGGUGCCAGUACCGGAACCGAUGGUGGAUAGCCGUCCGUCGGCAAAGGAGUGGAUUGCGCAGUGGCGCGAAUCACAGCCGCAAAAGCAGCAUGAUGCUGUUCCGGUGACUGCAAUUCUUGAAGAGAUGCCGUCGCUUGCAGCAGCGACACCCGCGCCUCAGCCGGCUUCGGAGCCAGCCCUCGCUGCCCCUACUGUUGCUGCGGUUCCGGAGCCAGUCGCCGCUGCCCCUACUGUUGCUGCGGUUCCGGAGCAAGUCGCCGCUGCCCCUACUGUUGCUGCGGUUCCGGAGCCAGUCGCCGCUGCCCCUACUAUUGCUGCGGUUCCGGAGCCAGUCGCCGCUGCCCCUACUGUUGCUGCGGUUCCGGAGCAAGUCGCCGCUGCCCCUACUGUUGCUGCGGUUCCGGAGCAAGUCGCUGCCGCUUCCACCGUUGCACCGGACCCAGCGACGGGCGCUCCGGCACCAGCUUUCACCCGGGAGCGGAAGAUGAGCGCCGCAGAGCUACUGAAGCUGUCGGGCGUGCAGCCUGAAGUGCUGAGCUCCGUGGCAAAGAGCACGGCCGUCGUCAACAGCAAUGGGUACGUGAUGUUCAAAUUUGUUGAAGGCGACGAAGCCGUGACAGCGCAGCCAGUUAGCGUGUUGCAACCUCCGGCCGUGGUGCCAUCGGCGCCAGCGGCGGCGGCCGCUGCAGGCCGCAGCGGCUUCGACAGCUCCAUCAGCAACGAUGACGUCGGCGAGCCCCCGGCGCCGCCACCACCGGCCCCGUCGAAAUCCGUCGUGGCAACGGUUGCAGCGGCACGCGUUGUGCAGGGACCGCCGCCGCCGUCGGUUUCGGCGCCUGCGCCAGCUCCGUCCAGCGGCAACGCGGCUAAACUGGCGCCGGUGGCGUCUGCCACCGGUGGCAACGGCGCAGCGGCCGCGUCCAACAGUCGUCGUAGUUCUGUCUCGGCCUCGGCGUCCGCCAGCAGCGGUGCGAGCAAGGAGUCCCUGGCAGCCGCGGCUCGUGACCCCAUCGUGAUGACUGCAGCUGUGGUUGUGGGCGCGGCUCGUCAAAUGAAAGGCUUUGGAACUUUCGUUUCGGAUGGGCUGUUCCCCGCAGUGGGGGCGCUGCUAGGUGGCGGCAACAACAACAAUGGCAAACGAAACGGGCAGUAA